UCUCCCUCAGAGCACAGUGAUGGACUGAUGAUGUGACCUACCAAACGUUCCUCGCAGAAGCCUUUUGCUUAGCAGCCACGGUGGAAACUGACACUUCUGCUUCGGCGUUUGUACAGAUUCCUCGACCGGCAUAUUGUUUUACACUUUUCUGUUGAUUGAUAUUAUUAUUUUUGGUCUUGUUUUUUUUUUUUUUUUUUUUUGGUCAACGAAACACAGACGCCUGUAAAGGAUUAAUUUGUCAACAUGCACUCAAGUGCGGACGGAGUUGACAUUUAACACCGAGCUGCAAGGCUUAAUCUACCUGUGUUUUCGCAAGUGGCAAGAGUACGGAAGAAGGGAGGUAGUGUUGUCAAAUCCAGCUGUUUUAUUAAGGAGCGGUCACAUCAGUUAACACUUCCCUUAAAAAAGGGGAAACAGUCAAAAGGAAUUUAUGAUCUUGCUUGGGAAUCCUAAGGCAUUUUAAUUCUAGUUUCAAUCCCCCCAUUUUUGGGAACUUUUGAAGUAGGAUAAGUGCUGCUAUCAUAUCUGUACACAUCAAUGAUGUAGACGGAGAAAGCUUGAUUUAAAACAUAUUCCUUGCGUACUCUAAAUCAUCUCAAACGGUUUUUAAUCAACAGAGAACUUUGUUUUGAUUUGCAUACCCGUUAUUGCGGAAGACUUUGAACAGCAUAGCUGCUGCCCUGUAAUAUAUUAACAAUUGGUGCGCUGUGUUCCAGCUUCCAAGUAAUGCAAGUGACAGGACCAGUCAAAGCUGGGCGUAUGUUGUGUCAAGCUAUCCCAUGCCACCAAUAACGAGGAUUGAAAGCCAAGUAUGUUGCACAAACAAUUGCUGGAAACGUCUGAAACACAUUUUGUCGCCGAAAUCGGAAGACUGGAUUAAGUUCUGGACAUCUACCGAAUUGUAUGUGUUCACUUCUCUGGUCACGCAAGUAGAAGAGCGAAGGAGGAAUGCUGGUCCGAGAUCUCCUGCUGCUCAGUUUAAGUUCUUGGCCUUUCUUUCUGGGCCAUGUCUUUCUAACAUCAUUUUUACUGUUAUUUCAGUUUACUCAGGGUGAACUCCAGAAAUCAUGCCAGAGGACCAUAGCUGAGAAGGUCACCGAUAGCUGCCAGCAGAUCUGCCAAUGUAGACCCUACCCUCCUCUACCUCCUCCCCCACCACCGCCUCCUCCCCCCAGACUGCUGGCUUUAGCAACAGCAGAAUCAACUGUCCCCCUGUUAAAGCCCUGGUGGAAGGAGAUAGUUGUAGUUGGGACAGUGGGAUGUGCCACGCUAGUCUUUCUCCUGGUCAUGGUCAUCAUCUGCUACAAGGCAAUAAAAAGGAAACCACUGCGAAAGGAAGAGAAUGGAACAAGCCGAGGUGAAUAUGCAAUGGCCUCCCGAAACAAGAAAAGGGUGGAUGCUAACAAUGCGGUCGUAUAGGAUCCGAGAUGAAGAGGAAGGACACACAGACCCUCAACCCCCCUCCCCUCCAAAACACAGCUCCUCCCAACAGAUGACAGGGGAGCUGAACUUUGAAUGCACGCCCAAACCGUGCUUGUGUGCCAUGGCUUCACUGGGAAAUGGAAGAAAGAGACCUAGAGUGAGAGCAACCUUUGGGACUUAGGACCUCCUUUUCAAAUAGUGCACACAUAUAAGAUAUUCAGAGCAGGGAGGCAGCCUUGCUCUGAAGUCUUGAUGUUUGUCAGAAGCAAGGAUGAACCUGUCAAUCACGGUAACUCGGAUAAAUAAAAAUCUUUGCAUAGACAUUUGCAAAAAAAAAAUGUAAAUAAAAAAACUGCAUGCAGUCUUUCUUGAAUGCAACAACUUUUUAGAUUCCUCUGCCUUUUAUUGUUUUUUUUCUUUUGAUGCUGCAUCAGGGCAGUGUUAUUUGGCAUGAAUUACAAGAGAAGGGGCAGCCCAUUUGAGCCAAAAUGCAAGGCACUGCAUGGUCUGACCAGUGAUCUCUUGUCAGACCUGGUCAUUAACCCCCAGCUCCAAAAUAACAAACCAACAACGUGAAUGAAGAGGGAUAGAUGGUUGGUGCCAAUUUUGUGAACCAAAAAAACUGCAUGCCUUUAAAAACUGGGAACAGACUUUUACCAGUCCCCUGACUAUGCAAUUCGAAAUAGCUAUGGUUUGCUUUUUUUUGGUCACCAGUAUCGUUUUUAGAAGUUAAUCAGAUUUAAAAAAAAAGGUGCUGUUUUUAAACUCCACAGUUUAUUUCAUUUGCUUGGUUAUAUUUUUCCCCUGACAGAAGACUGUUGAUAUGUUCAAUGUAUUUUACAACAUACAGGUACAUUAAAUACCCACCUACUCUAGGUUCCACCUGAAUUUUCACGGUUGUGAACCUUUUUUUUUUAAUGGCUUCCAUUUGUUUUGUAUUUAUUUUAUUUCUUUGCUCCGCUGUCAUCAGCUUCCUGGAAUACAGGGACUGUGGUCAUAUUCAGAGGCCUGCCUCUAUGAAAAGCUUGCUGCCUUGUCUGUCUCUCUGAACAUGAAAUGCAUGGCCAUCAUCACCCCCUCUGCUCUGGCUUUGCCUCAAGGGAAGGAUAUUUUAUUGGCUAAUGUGGGUGUCAGUUCAUUAAAUAUAUAACCUACGAAAAUAUUUGUUAAACAGUAAUAACAUAGCAACAUUUAUGACAUUACCACAGUCAACCUGCUAAACUGUUCUUGUGAGUUCUGUUAGAGUUUGUGAAGUGUGGGUGCCUAAUAAACAGAACGUACUGUAAUUCAGUUAAGGAAACCAUCAAUUUGAUUUUUAUUUCCCCCCAUGUUACUGAGCGUCUCAGAAUAUAUAGAAAAGCUCUAAAAAUAAACUCAUCCUAAAAAGC